AUAUUUCUAUGUUCACACACUACAUGUUGAAUUCAAGAACCUUGGAGGAAACUUCCCUUUCCAUCACCACAUGAUAUAAAUAAAGACCCUUAUGUGCAGUAUUAUAUAUAAAGACAUAAGAGAGGCCUCUGAUCUUACAAUCUCUUAUCAAACAAUCUGAUCAAUCUCUCACACCCUCUUUCACCUUCAAUAUACUUCACCCAUCAAAUUCAAACAUGAAGCAACAAAGCAACUCCAUUUUCAUUUUGGGGUCCAUUCUCAUUUUGCUUCUUUUCUGGCAAACAACAUCAGUAAAAGCUCAAGAAGUUGAGGAUGAGAAAGAGUUUGAUUAUGCCAAAGGAAGCGAAAAGGGUCCGGAGCGAUGGGGAGAGAUAAAGGAAGAAUGGGCAGCUUGUAACCAUGGAGAAAUGCAGUCUCCAAUCGAUAUGGUGAAUAGGAGGGUGAAAAUAAUCAGAAAAUCAAGGGAGUUAGUGAGUAAUUACAAGCCUUCCAAUGCAACUGUCAAGAACAGAGGCCAUGAUAUAUCGGUUCAAUGGACUGUUGGUGAAGCUGGAUCAAUUAAGAUCAAUGGCACUGAGUACCAACUCCAACAAGGCCACUGGCACUCCCCUUCAGAGCACUCCAUCAAUGGCAGAAGGGUACAAUUAAUGUUUGUGAAUAAUAAUAAUAAUAAUAGGUAUGCCAUGGAACUGCACUUGGUCCAUGUAAGCCCACAAGAGAACGGAGAGGAUAAGAUUGCUGUUAUUGGGGUCCUCUACAGGAUUGGUCGACCUGACUCUUUUCUCUCUCAGUUGAUGAGGAAUAUAUCAGAUAUGAUUGAUAAGAAGGAAGAGAGACACUCUGGGGUGAUUGAUCCAAGAGAAAUUAAAAUGGGUGGCAAAAGAUAUUACAGAUACAUGGGAUCACUCACUGUUCCUCCUUGCACUGAAGGUGUUGUUUGGACCAUUAAUAAGAAGGUGAUGACUGUUUCAAGAGAACAAGUGAAGUUACUCAGAGAGGCUGUUCAUGAUUAUGCAGAGGAAAAUGCAAGACCACUACAACCACUCCACGAUCGAGAGAUCUACCUCUAUAAGCGCCCAUAGUUUCUAAUAGAGAGCAUAAAUACAAGUAAUUGAUGAAGACAGAGAGUUAUUAAUACACAUUAUUGUUAACAUCCACCUUUCAUUUGUUAUUAUUACUUUUUAUUUUUAUAUUUCUAGCUGGAGGGCAUGAAUACAUAGAACAAGACUCGAAUGGACAUUUUUUUGUGAACUCUAUCCAUGUAUUAUCAUUCUUUCUCAUUUUAAUAAAAACAUUUUGGUGCUUUAUUUAGCCGUGUUAUCCAACUUGUGCUAUUAACCAUAUUUACAUUACAGAUUUAGUGGGCAUUAACAAAAAAUUAAGUUUAGAUAUGCCUUUGCAUAACAAAUCGAGUUUCAACAAGCCAAAUCCUAUUGUAAUUUUCUGCUGAUACUAUACCAAUAUGAUAAAAGUCACUAAUUCGGCCCCCUAUUUUGUGGCACUUACUAGUUAGUUUUUCGAAAAAUGUUUGUUUGGCAACGUUUUAAUUGAUUAAGCUCUAGUCUUAUAACUAAAGAGAUAUGAUAAAAAGAAUUUAUUUUUUAUUUUUUUGUUUUUUUGUGAAGAAGGCAAUUCCCAGUCUAACGUUAGCAUUGCUUGUUCUAAAAUAUUGAAUAGAAAAGAAAAAAAAAAAGUAUUAAACUUAGGCCGAGAUCAACCAUUUAUUUUUAAAGAAAUGAGUUUGGUUGAAUUUUUGGACUAGGAACUAAUUGCCCUUCAGUUAUCUUAAAAAUGUAGGGACCAAUCGAGAUAAAGAUUACAACUCAUCUAAUGGCAGAGAAAUGAAGGGCAGGAGGAAGCAUAUGUGACCAUCUUAUAAUCACUUCAAAAUACUCGAUUUUGUAAUGAGGAUUUUUUUUAAAGAUCCUUAAUAUUAAGAUUUUAUAAGAUAAAUGACAUACAAUACUUUCAAAGUAGUUAAGAUUCUUUAAUAUUUUCAUAGAGAAAAUUCGACUCAGAGAAAUUUUUUCCCAACUUAAAGAAAUUUUGCAAUUUGCAAGCCAACUUGCAAGCAAGUUGCCAUGGCCAAGUUGCCAAAUUGUCCCCAAAAUUGUGUAUCAAUAGGGGUUCAAGAAGGGAACAAAUCAUCAAGUGAGUGAGAAGCAAGAGCAAGCAAGUAAAGAGCAUGAAGCCUUCACCAAGAGUGUUAGAAAGAAAGUGAGGUAAGGUUUGGAGAGAGACAAAGCCUUAUAAUUUCUUUAUUCAGUUUAGUGAAAAUUUCGCUGCCGUAGACUUAGGCGAUAUGCCGAACCACGUAAAUCUUUGUGUAUUCUUUGUUUGGUUUCUUGUUUGUGUUUGUUUGUGGGCCUUGGGCACAACAAAUUGAUAUCAAAGAACCCAGGUUGUGAAAAAAUUGCUCCAAAGCUCUGUUUUUUAAAUCUGUCAUGAAACCAACUUUGUCCAACAAAACUUUUGAAUACACCAAUUGACAAACUCAAUGCACAGUUAGCAGAAGAGUUCGAAAUGAAGGAUCUUGGAGAAGGAAAGAAAAUUCUUGGUACGAAGAUCAAGAGAGAUUGGAAAAAGGGUACAGUUUGUCUGACACAAAAUUAGUAUUUGAAAAAGGUAUUAGAUAAAUUUGGCAUAAAUGGGAAAACAAAAGUUAUGAGUACAUCGUUGGCCCAUUAUUUCAAGCUUCGUGUUUCGAUGUCUUAGAACACAAAAAAGGAGCUCAAGCAUAUGGCUCAAAUUCCAUAUGCCAAUGCAGUUUGUGCAUUGAUGUAUACUAUGGUGUGUACAAGGCCUGAAAUCUCACAUGCUGUUAGUAUGGUGAAUAAGUAUAUGCAUGAUCUACGAAAAGGUCACUGGCAAGCAGUGAAAUGGAUCCUAAGGUAUAUACAUGGCACAAUUGAUUUGGGAUUGAAGUUCUAGAGAGAUUGCAGGCCCAGACAAAAUCUGAUUGGAUAUGUGGACUCAAAUUAUGCUAGUGACUUGGACAAAUGCUGGUCGACAACAAGGUAUUUGUUUACCUUGCUAAAGAACCUGUAAGUUAGAGGUCAAUGCUUCAGCCAACAAUGACUUUGUUUAUUACAGAGGCAGAGUACAUGGCAAUAACAGAAAACAUUCAAAGAAGCCAUUUGGUUACAUAGAUUGGUUGAGGACUUGAAGAUUGUACAGGAGCACGUGGAGGUUUAUUGUGAUAGCUAGAGUGUCAUUUGUUUAGCAAAAAACCAAGUCCAUCAUUCCCGCAUCAAGUAUAUUGAUGUCUAAUUCCACUUCGUCUGAGAAAUAGUAAAUGAAGGGGUUGUUUUGCUUCAGAAGAUUGGUACUAUAGAUAAUCCUGUAGACAUGCUCACUAAGGUGGUAUCCGGGAUCAAGUUCAAACACUUCUUGGACUUCACCAAUAUCUCUUGACAGUAAGUACCUUAAGGUACAAUGCAGUGGCCACUAAAGUUGAAUGGAGAAUCCUCACCAAGGUAGAGAUUUGUCGAAUAGAGUUAACUCAGUUGUUUAACACAUUGAGUUAACUCAGUGAGUUGGUUCAGAUUCUAGAAGAGCAAGUGGGCAAGUUGUAUAUUCUAGAAGCUUGCUAACUUCCUUGCAUAGAUUUUGGAAAGCCAACUUGCAAGCCAACUUGCAAGCAAGUUACCAUGGCCAAGUUACCAAAUUAUCCCCAAAACUUUGUGCAUAAAUAGGGGUUUAAGGAGGGAACAAAUCAUCAAGUGAGUGAGAAGCAAGGGCCUUGGGCAAAACAGGAACAACGAAGGCGAUGAACAUGGAGGAAGAAUUGAAAUGCCAUUGAGAGAUCUCUACACUUAGACUACUGAAAUCAAAAUGAUGUUCCCAAAUCCUAGUCUGUUGGACCUAUUUGCUUGGCUGAGCUACCAUAGGUCGAACUCGAACCUCUCUGGAAACCACCGUGGGUGCAAUGGCUGCACCAAAAGCUAGCUUAGGGAUGCUUUGUUCUCUGCAUUGCAUUUGGGUCUGAAGCCGAGAUAUCAUCGGAACAGUUCAAUGAGAUCAAAACUAGGUUGGAAAAAUCAAAAGUGAAUUUUUUGUGGUUGGGAGGAGGAAUGAAUUAGAACUUGGUGAUGGGUUCGAAGAGAAAGUAAAAAAGAGUGGAAUGGUGGUGACAGAGUGGGUGAACCAAAGAGAGCUACUAGAGCACGAGAGCGUUCAAGGGUUUCUAGUUCACUAUGGUUGGAACUUAGUGUUUGAGAGUAUAUACGUGGAGGUUUCGAUACUGAGGUGGCCAAUGAUGAAGGAGUAACACCUGAAUACGAGGAUGGUGGUGGAGGAUAUGAAUGUGAAGUUGAGGGUGGAGACAUGGAAUGGGUCGAUAAGAGAGUUUGUGAAGUGGGAAGUCUUGAAGAAGAUGGUGAACGAGUUAAUACUAUGGAAGAUGAGGAAGAAGGUAAAGGAGGUAGGUAACACUGUCGUGGAGUGGCGGAUUUUAAUUUUUUGUUGAUGAACUUGAAUGCGAUUCUUACUCUGAAUUUGGAAUUGGAUUCAGAUUUGGGUUUGGAUUGGAGAUCAUGAUCAAAGUAGAAAAAGGGAAAGAAAGGAAGAGAG